AUGCAGCCCACCAACCUUCUCGCCAUCCUUUCCACUGUGGCCGCGACCCAGGCCUACAUCGUCCCCACUGGCCUUGCUGACGGCCUCUACGCUGUCCGACUCAAUGAGACCGGCCAGCUCCAUGCGUACCUUGUCGACCUGGCCGAUUUGCCCGACGCUGCUGCACCGUCCGCGACCAAGCGGGAAAUCCGGCACGCGCCUAGCCUGACCCGUCGGGACCAGAGCGGAUGCACCGGCCACGACCUCAACCUUAGCGAUACCGACAAUGCGGUCGCGCAGCUUCAGCAAGCCUGUGGGAACGGCAAGACGUAUCCACAGGCGAUCUGGUUCCAUACAGUGGGCGGGACCAUCGCGUACACCUGUGACUAUUCAGGCGGACAGAGCUGUUUCGCGAGCGAGGACAGUUUGGCAAACACACAGAUCUCGGCCAAGUGUGGCCAAUACCGCAGUGGCUGGUGGCUGUUUGGAAGCAACAAGAACUAUGGUUAUGACGUCCAGGGUGCGAGCAUCUGUAGCAACCUUUGA